AUGGAAGUGCCUAAGGGAAAGGAAAGAGAGGGCACCCGGGAGGGGAGGGGGGAAGGAGGUCAUGCUGGGGCAGGGGAGAUUAAACAUGAAAUUAGUCCCGCUUAUUGGUCAGUGGAGGACCUGUCAGACCUCGGAAAUCCCUUACUCUGUUGUGCUGGUUGUCCACUCAGCAUUUCAGCUGCUGGGACCUUGGAAGUGGCUGGAGCACACCUUAGCCCAACAGGGGAUAGACGGGGGGCGCUAAGUAGAUUAACCCAGGAACCUCCUAGUUACACCAUUAUUGAGAAUUCGCGGGACACUUCCUCGGAGAAUUUCAGGACUGGUGCCCGGAUCCUACUCAGUCAGUCAGACGCCGACCUCCAAAGAUUCGAAAAUUUCACCGCGAUAAGCAGACCAACCCGCAACUACUUUGGAAACCUUGCAGCUGAUGCUUGUCCCACGGCGUGGAUUCCAUGGCUGAUGGACAAAACAACGAGGAUGCUACGUCAUGAUCCCUCCCUAGGAAGGGAAGCAAAUGAGACUGCUUCGCUCAACCUUCUUGGUACUGUAAUCGUCCUCCGUAAGUACUACUGUCGUUACUACCAACUUGCUGUCAGCCCAAGGUCGGUCCAGACUCCACUCGAACCGAUCGAGCCCCGCCUCGCUGACAGUCGCUUGACUCCCCCUGCUCGAGAGAUCGUGCGUGAUUAUUGGAGGUUCGUCUGCAAUCGUUCUUGA